AUGAAGCGAUCUGCACUUAUUUCUCUCAUCCCCGCCUUCUUGGCUACUGCUUCUCCUGUCCCUCAAGCUUCUGAAGCUGCUGGUUCUUGCGGCGUUGCUGAGGUUGACGAGCUCGUUGGAUACGGAGCAAAUACCACCGGAGGAUCUGGUGAUCCCGUCACCGUCACUUCUUGCUCAGAGCUCACGUCUGCUCUCUCCAACGGCGGUGUCAUUCACAUCGACGGCCAGCUUACUGGUUGCGACAUCAUGAACGUCAAGAGCGACACCACCAUACGUGGCGUUGGUUCCAGCUCUGGUCUCACUGACAGUGGUUUCCGCAUUAAGAAGGCCGAUAAUGUUAUCAUCCGUAACCUCGCCAUGAAGAACCCUCCCAAGGAAAUGGAUCUCAUCGAUAUUGAGACCUCUACCAACAUCUGGAUCGACCACAACGAGUUCUCCGCUAAGGGCAUCACCGGUGACAAGGACUUCUACGACGGUCUCCUUGACGCCAAGCGCGGCUCCGAUUUCCUCACCUUCUCAUGGAACAAGUUCUCCGACCACUGGAAGGCUAGUCUCAUCGGCCACAGCGACAGCAACGGUGAUCAGGACACCGGCAAGCUCCAUGUUACUUAUCACCACAACUACUGGAGCAACGUCAACAGCCGUGCUCCCUCCAUUCGUUUCGGAACUGCACAUAUUUACAGCAGCUGCUACGAGGAUCUUCCCACCUCUGGAGUCAACUCUCGAAUGGGCGCUCAAGUUCUCGUGGAGAGCACUGCUUUUGUUAACGUUAAGCGACCUAUUGUCACCAACCUUGACUCUAAGGAGGAUGGAUUCGCUAUUGAGAAGGACAACCUUUUCGAGAAUAGCGAGACGAAAAUUACGCAGGAGAAGGAUUUCGUUCCUCCUUAUGAUUACACCACCGACUCUGCGGAUUGUAUCUGUGACUAUCUCAAGGAGAAGGCUGGUACCGGUGUUAUCAACGUCUAA